AUGACUCCACUCAUGUUUGCAUCAGAUCAUCUAGACGUUGUUAAAUAUCUUAUCUCCUUUGGAGCUAAUAAAGAAGCAAAAGAUCAUCAAAAUUGGACUCCACUCAUGUGUGCAUCACAAGAGGUCAUCUUGACGUUGUUAAAUAUCUCAUAUCCGUUGGAGCUAGUAUAA